AUUAUUCAACUAUCAUAAUCAAUAUAAAAAUUCUUCGUCUGACGAAUAUUUUGUUCCAAAUCUAUGAUCUGCUAGUCUGACAAUGUCUAGAUUAUAAGUCAGAAUAACUGAUCAUAUUUCAAUUUUACCCUUAUUAUUAAGAAUAAGUAUAUCAGUUGUUAUAAGACUGAAAUGAUGGAUUUAGGCACCUGUCGGAUUUUAGUUAUGAGCAUAGCUUUCAUGUUCCUCAUGAUUAAUUUUCAAAUAAUUGUGUAUAUAAUGGUUCUCAUAGAAGGAUUAAGAUUCGAGGAAAAUCAUUUCACUGGGUUAGGCUCUUUGUGUUUAAUACUUAUUUAUGUUAUAUCUGGAUUAACUGUUCUUAUGGUACCUUGGUUGAUUUCAAUAACUGGUCCAAAACUAACAAUGUUAUUUGGAUGUGCAACGCAUAUAUUGUUUGUGAUGAGUAUGAUCCAGCCACAUCCCAUGUGUACGUGUUUUGCAAGCGCCUUAGUCGGAUUUGGCUCAGCCCUACUCUGGGUUAGCCAAGGAAACUAUUUAGUUCGAAAUUCUACAGAUAGAACUGUUUCAAGCAACUGUGCUUUAUACUGGAUAUUCUGGCAAAUUAGUGCACUCUUCGGUAGCAUUUUUAUUUACUUCCGCUUUUUGGAUGUUAGUACCAUUUACAACAGUUUUCGUAUGUCAAUAAUAUGGUUACUGUUGGGACUGAGCUGUACCAGUUUCCUUUUUUAUUUAUUGCUACCAAAUUGUACGAGAGACGAUGAUCUAUCAAAAUAUAAACAAGGCAUAUUUCAAGUUACUUUUGGUAUUGGAAAACUUCUGCAUAAUGGACACACCUUGGUACUUGGCAUUCCUUGUUUUGUUAUAGGUACAAAUGUGAUAUUUCUCACUGUUGUAUACGUAGUUUCAAUUGGACAUACUAUGCAUUUGGAACGUCCAAAGCAACUUGCUCCCUUAGCAGGUGUUUUUAUAGGUCUAGGUGAAGUUAUUGGUGGAGGCGUUUUUUUAGCAUUUGGAAGCUGCGGAGGAAGAUCGAGCAGAAACGCUAUUGUGAUUUUCGGUUGCGUAAUAAUCAUUUUAGCUUUGAUUUUGAUCAUGCUCAAUUUGCCCAACGAGGCGCCCUUUGGAGACACUGAUGAUUUGGCUUUCAUUGAAACGUCAGCAGUUCUGGUCAUCGGUCCAUCGUUUUUAUUGGGACUUGCGGAUUCCUGUUUCAACACACAAAUAAUGACUACUUUGGCGCUCAAAUACCCGAAUAAUAGCGCUAGUGUUUUUUCGGUAUUGAACUUUUUUCGAGUGUUUGGAAUAUUGAUAGCCAUAAUCUAUUCGGCGUUCCUCAUUCUUUAUGGAGUCAUAGUGCUACUAAUAGCACUUUCGUUAUUUUCAACAAUCGCCUAUAUCGUAUCGGAAACCAUGGAUGUAGAAGAAGACGAAAUAUUCAAUCAUACACAAAAAGACAAGAAUGUACCGAUUGAAGAUGAUAACUCCGAAUCCGACAAACCUUCUCCCAGUGCAUCCUUAUCUCCACCCUCAAUUAUAAUGCCUCCUUCAAGGGGUGCUUCAGGUUCUAAGCUCGAAUCACCCAUCUCAGCUCAGGGAGAUAGCAAAUUAAAACUAGAUGAUCAGGACAUAGGAACUCCAGAUUUUGUUGAACCACAAAGACCACUCAGAGGAUUACUCAGAAGGUUGCUGAUGGGUCCCCAAGAUUAUGAAGAUGAAGAAGUGCAGCCUUCUCGACCUCCAACACCAACUCUUGAACCUUUACCGACAAUUCCACCUGUUGAAUCGACUACUCCUUCUACAACUCCACUUUCGUUAACACCUCCUAGACCUCAUAAGAUUCAGGCUUCGGCUUCCAGGCAUUUAGCUCGGACAGUCGAUAUUGCUUCUGAGGGUCCAAAGGAAGUACUUGAUUCUCCAACGCCUUUAGCUUCUCCAGCGAAGAAAGCACCCAAAGAGCGUAAGAGCGCGAUCAAGAGGAUGGUGUCUGGUCCUGAACAGCUACCAGCGGAAGAUAAAGAUGAAGAACUUACGCCGAAAAUGAAAGAAAACCAACAAUUCAAAAAACGUAGAAGAAGCACCAAGGCCAAAACGAUAGCAGCUGAUCAAGAUGACAAAGUUUCCAAUGUUAUACCAGUAAAAUCACAAAAAUCUGUCGAGCCUCCAAAAUCUGCAGAUCGUGAGAAAACAACUCGUAAGGGUAAUAUAAGAAAAAGGACGGAAAGAAGACCUGCAUCAUCAAUUAGUAGAAAAAACUUAAGAGCACAACAAGAUUGAAAAAAAAUUUGAAGGAUUAGAAAAAUUACUUCUUAGUUAGAAUUGAAUUUACGAUGAUAUGUGACUAUUUUAAUGAUUGAUUAUAGAUCUAGGUAUGAAAACAUUUAUUAUCAAUUGUUUUGGUCAAUCUUGACCAGCGUUUCUUUGUGGUUUUCCAAACUUUGACACCUGAAUCAGAAUACAAAAAAAAGGAAUUUUUUUUUUUGAACUUGAAAGAGCACUACCAUCAGGAAUUGAAGAGUUUAUUAAGCUA